CCGACGGCUUCUAUUCUGGCGGUCCCGAAAGAUCAAUGCUCACCUUCAAUUGUCGGACUUUUGUGGAAAGACGUGUCUCACGUCCGCUGUGCUUGGGGGUGCCUCCCUGGUCCGCUCCGCUUUGGGGCUUCAGGACGCUGUGUUCGGUCUCUCGAACAGUUCGGCUCCCCACCUCGACUUCAACACUUCGGCCCUCGUUGUGUCGGGUCUCUGAGUAGAAGGAUUGUUACGAGUAGCUGUAGUACUAGAGCUCAACGUAGGUGAACUAGUACUUAACACAUGGUAAGUCCACGGUCUGGUUGUUUCCAUAACUAUCUCAUCACAUCCACUCUCACCACUUGCUCCAACACCGUUGCACCAACUCUCAGCUGCAAGUCUUAUAUCGCCUCUCAACCCAAGCAAACACAUCGAAAACAUGUCUCAAGGAGUUGUUACUGUUCCCACCGCUUCCCUCCACGGAAAGGUUGCUCUGAUCACUGGUGCUGGCCGUGGUAUCGGUCGUGGCUGUGCCAUCGAACUCGGAAGACGUGGUGCCAGCGUCGUUGUCAACUACCAGAGCAGCAAAUCCUCCGCCGAUGAGGUCGUCAGAGAAAUUGAGGCCACUGGCAGCGGUGCAAAAGCCAUUGCCAUCCAGGCUGAUGUCAGCAAGGUCAGCGAGAUCGAACGUCUUUUCCAGGAGACCAAGAAGCACUUUGGCAAGAUUGAUAUCGUCAUGUCCAACAGUGGUACCGAGAGCUGGGACAAGACUGAGGAGAUCACUGAGGAGAAGUACGACCACGUCUUUAACCUGAACGCUCGUGCCCAGUUCUUCGUUGGACAGGCUGCCUGGAAGCACCUCGAGGAUAACGGUCGUCUCAUCCUCAUGUCAUCUAUCGCUGCUGGUCUUCUUGGUGUCCGCGACCACGCCCUUUACAACGCCUCCAAGAUGGCUGUUAUUGGUAUGAUCAAGGCAUUCGCUACCGACUUUGGUAAGCGUGGUAUCACCGUCAACGGUGUCGCUCCCGGUGGUAUCAAGUCUGACAUGUUCACCUCUAACGCCUGGCAUUAUAUUCCUGGUGGAACCCCCGAAUGGCCUGCUGAGAAGAUUGAGAACCUCAUGGCCGAGCACUGCCCUCUCGGAAGAUGUGCGGUUCCCGAAGACGUCGCUCGCGUCGUGGCUUUCCUUGCCAGCGGCGACGGCAGCUGGGUCAACGGACAGGUCCUCACUAUCUCUGGAGGCUCUUCCCAGUAGAUCAGGUAUUGCAUUUAGUAUGCAUUGAUGAUGUUGGGAGCGAUAUGGUUUUAUGAGGCGUUGAUUCCCCCUUUUUGAGUUGCAGCAUGAAUGGUACAGGCAUCUGGAAACGACGAUAGACAACAAAAGUCACGGUAGCUAUGCACAGAUAAUAAAACUGAAGACUUCUAC